AUGUCCACCGAAAAAGUCUCUUUCUUGCUUAACUGGCAACCAACCCCUUACCACGCCCCAAUCUACCUUGCUCAGCAAAAGGGCUACUUCAAGGAACAAGGUGUCGAAAUCUCCAUCUUGGAGCCAUCCAACCCUUCCGAUGUUACCGAGUUGAUCGGUUCAGGUAAGGCUGAUAUGGGUCUUAAGGCUAUGGUCCACACUCUUGCUGCCAAGGCUCGUGGCUUCCCAGUCACUUCUGUUGGCUCCUUGUUGGACGAGCCAUUCACCGGUGUGUUGUACUUGGAGGGUAGCGGAAUCACUUCCGACUUCACCUCUUUGAAGGGUAAGAGAAUUGGUUACGUUGGUGAGUUUGGAAAAAUCCAAAUUGACGAAUUGACCAAGCACUACGGUAUGACCCCAUCUGACUACACUGCUGUCAGAUGCGGUAUGAACGUUGCCAAGUAUAUUAUUGAGGGUAAGAUUGAUGCUGGUGUUGGUAUCGAAUGUAUCCAACAAGUCGAGUUGGAGGAAUACUUGAAGGAGAAGGGCAGACCAGCCACCGACGCCAAGAUGCUCAGAAUCGACAAAUUGGCUGAGUUGGGCUGCUGCUGCUUCUGCACCAUUCUUUACAUUGUCAACGACACCUUUUUGGCCGAGAACCCAGAGAAGGUUAGAAAGAUCAUGACCGCCCUCAAGAAGGCUACCGACUACAUGCUCGCUAACCCUAAGGAAGCUUGGGCCGAGUACUCCGACUUCAAGCCUCAAAUGACUUCUACCUUGAACACCAAGAUGUUCUCCAGAUGUUUUGCUUACUUCUCUGACUCCUUGUUCAACGUCCACAGAGACUGGAGAAAGGUUAACGCUUACGGUAAGAGAUUGGAGAUCUUGCCUCAAGACUACAAGCCUAACUACACCAACGAAUACCUUUCUUGGGAAGAGCCUACUGAAGUUGCUGACCCACUUGAGGCUCAAAGACUUAUUGGCGAGCUUCAAGAAGAGUGCAGAGCUUGCGGCGGUGGCUACAGAAGAUUGGAUGUGUCGCAAAUCAAGGCCUAA